ACUCAGCAGUAAUUAACAAUUAAGUGGCGCUUUAUACUGAAAUUAUAACAAAAUUGAUGGUUGCUGUGACCUCAUCUAACAGUGGAGUUUCCCUCAGCUCCAUUACCUGGCCAACCUCUGCCUGGCUUCUCCAACACAUUUGGAAUUACUCACUGGUUCACGCAACCAAAGUUCUUUUCCUUGUGAGGCGAAGGCAGAAAGAGAAUCAGUAAAAUAUUUUGUGAGCAUUUGGUUUGUUUUUGGUAUGGUUGAACCCUCUGAUGGGCACGGGGUGUGCAAGGUGAGAACUGUUGAGCUGCGCUUUUAGGAUAGCACCGGGCACGGUAACAUCUCCACCCACAAAGUGGAGAUGCGGUGCUUCUGGGGAGAGUUGAAAGGAUUAGGCAAUGCUUUGAAGAUGAAAAGUGCUGUUAAGUGCUUCUAUAACUUCCCAGCUACACUCUGAUGUUUCUAGCCAGAUAGCAACAAAAGUUGUAAGCCCAGAGGGCCUUCAAGAUUUUGAAGACAGCUCUGCCACCUUCAUCCUCUGCACCUCAUGAAGGAAGCGGGGCUCUGUCUCACUGUGCGUUGGUUGGAGGAAAUAAGUGCAUUUUGACUGUGAAAAUAGCAGUUUGAUGCCCAUUCUUCCCCCCUUGCUUCCUCAGUGUGGUGUUUUGUUAUUUGUCUUUUAGUGUUAAUACUUGCUCAGAUGCUGUAGCAGUGCAUAAAAGCCACAAACGGUGCAGCACAUGCUUCUCCAGGUUGGCUGGCAGACACGCUGUGUUUAUUUUGCUACUGACUUGCCCAGCCAUGUGUUUUGCAAGAUGAGCAGAUGGCACAGAACGCUGCCACACUGCAGAGAUGUCCUGGGGCUGGGGGGAGGCUGACGUGCCUCCUUCCUCUGAAAACCUGUGGAGAUUUCUGGGUGAUGGCAAGGAGUUACAGCAUCAAGAGCUGUUUGCCCAUUUAAUCACUUUGGAAACGAACACUGGCAGAAUACAAAGAUAGAUAUAUUUUUUCUAGAGGGAUGCUCUUCUGGUUAGCGACAGUGGAUUUACAGCCUGAAAGAGAGAAAUCCCAUUUCAAGCUGCACUGCAGACCAGCUCAAGUAACAGAGCCGCAGUUCUCCACCCUGAAAUAGGAAUUUUGCAUGCUUCUGCCCUUCUCUCUGUGAGCAUUUUGCACAGAAAACUGCUUCCCUUUUGUUCUUAUUUUCAGGUUGUUUCCAGCUUGUGGAAAUGAAACACUGUGGGGAAAAAAAAACAAGAAAGGCUGACUAAUGUUUGAGUAGAAUUAUUCUUGUUUUUUAUGUUUGACAGUGAUGCUUAGUUUAGUAAUAAUUACAGAGCAGGAAGCAGUGGAGCAAAAUCUCAUCUGUUUGAUGUGAUGAUGUCCUGGUCCAAAUCCAGCUCCGACAGACACUGUGAUAGCCCAACGCUGCAGCAGUUUUUCAUCCUGUUCCACUCGGAUUCCUUUUUUCCAGCAUGAAACGUUUCAGAAAGGCAGGGAGAGGUGCUGGUGGAAGGGCAGGAGAGCAGUCGCACACGGGAGAUGCAAUUGGAAUGUUUAAUUCGGCUUUGAGCCGCUCCUUCAAAGCGCUGAGGCAUCGGCAGUGGUGUAAGCUGUGCUGCAUUCGCUUUUGUGCAUUGCGGACUGACAUUUCGCUUCAAACAGGGGGAACGCAGCUGUCCUGUGCAGAUAAAAGGUGCUGGAUGUGGCGUGGCAAGGUGGGCUGGUAGAUAAUGAGCUGUUCCCUGCUGAGGGACCCUGCAUGGGGACAGGGCUCUCAUUAGCAUGAAGGCAUUCAGGUAAGCCACGAAGCACUGGGGCUCUCACAGCCAUGGCAGGGCUGAUAACACGUGUGUUAAGAUGGCAGGGAGGUCAAUACAGUAUGUGUUAGCCAACUUCUUUCUUCGCUUCAUUCAGCGGAGGAGAGGUGGGUGCCUGAUGGUUGUAGUGCAGCAGGAACUCCAGCACUUAUAUUUUCAUCAAUUAUCAAUGAAGAGAUUGGCAAAAAAAAGAAAGAUCAGAACCUUAUCAGUUCUGCACACUGGUGUGGAAGUGCCCAGCCAAAGGGAGUGUCCUCCAUUCCCUGUUUCCUUUGCCACACCAUAGCUGGAGUUCCCAUGGCUGUGACACUGGGCUGCUGGGAUGGCAGCCUGCUGCAUGCUGGGGCUUGUGGGAGCUCAUAACAGCUGGGAGAACAUCCUGGUGGUGAUGGGUUUGUGUGUGGUUGGGUAAGAAAAUGAUCACUUUUGGAGGUUUUUCUUUUUUCUAAACAUGGGUGAUGGACGUUAAACAUUUAAGUCACUUAUUUGAUAUGCUGGUUUUGUGUCUAUGUGUCAGAGAUUCCAGCAGUUCUAGCUAGUAGCUAUGCUACCCCUUCUUGUACAGUAAGAUUAAUACAGAAUAAACUGUGAGAUUAUGAACUACAGAGCAUCAUAAAAAGCAGUGUGUUCCGCUGUCAGCACUUCCCUGUAGCUUAUUGUUGUCACAUAACAUAUGGUGUUAAUGGACUCUGUAAGGAUAUCCUGGUGCUCUUUUUCCCAUGGAAAACUGAAUUUAAUAAUAUUGAUAUUUAUCCAGUGGCUGUUGAUGAGAUGUGACUUCUGCAGUACAAACUAGAGAAUGUGCCAAGGCAGCGCUGGAACCCUGUGUUAUGUGAACUCCAAUCUGGUCCAGGUUUCUAUAAGAGGAUAUUCAACUCCUUCAUGUACACGGAGAAAAUAUCCAAUGGAGAAAGUGAAGUUCAGCAGUUGGCAAAAAAAAUUCGUGAGAAGUUCAACCGUUACUUGGACGUUGUGAAUCGUAACAAGCAAGUAGUAGAAGCAUCAUACACUGCUCACCUCACAUCGCCAUUGACUGCAAUCCAGGACUGCUGCACUAUUCCACCAUCUAUGAUGGAAUUCGAUGGCAAUUUUAACACCAACGUUUCUAGGACAAUUAGCUGUGAUAGACUGUCCACCACUGUCAACAGCAGAGCCUUCAAUCCUGGACGUGAUUUAAAUUCUGUUCUUGCUGAUAACCUGAAGUCAAACCCAGGCAUUAAAUGGCAGUAUUUCAGCUCAGAAGAAGGCAUUUUCACUGUUUUCCCAGCCCACAAGUUCCGGUGCAAAGGCAGCUAUGAACACCGCAGCAGGCCUGUCUAUGUUUCUACUGUUCGACCUCAAUCCAAGCAUAUCGUUGUCAUUGUGGACCAUGGAGCUUCAGUCACAGAGACACAGCUUCAGAUUGCCAAAGAUGCCGCUCAGGUCAUCCUGAGCUCUAUAGACGAACACGAUAAGAUCUCUGUGUUAACCGUGGCAGACACAGUAAGAACCUGCUCGCUGGAUCAGUGCUAUAAGACGUUUCUGUCUCCUGCCACUAGUGAGACAAAAAGGAAGAUGUCCACCUUCGUUAGCAGUAUAAAGUCAUCUGACAGCCCCACGCAGCAUGCAAUAGGAUUUCAAAAGGCUUUCCAGUUGAUACGAAAUACAAACAAUGGCACAAAACUCCAAGGAAAUACCGAUAUGGUCAUAAUUUCUCUCUCUGCUGGGAUCACAUCAAAAGAUUCCUCAGAAGAUGAUAAAAAGGCUACUCUACGUGUCAUCAAUGAAGAGAACAGUUUUCUCAAUAACUCAGUAAUGAUUCUCACUUACGCUCUUAUGAACGAGGGAGUGACAGGUUUGAAAGAACUGGCCUUCCUCCGAGACCUGGCAGAGCAGAACUCAGUGAAGUAUGGCGUUCCAGAUCGAACAACCCUGCCUGUGAUCAAGGGCAGCAUGAUGGUCCUAAACCAGCUGAGUAACCUGGAAACGACAGUUGGCCGCUUCUAUACAAACCUCCCCAACCGAAUGAUCGAUGAGGCGGUCUUCAGCCUGCCUUUCUCAGAUGAAAUGGGAGAUGGCCUGAUAAUGACUGUAAGUAAACCGUGCUACUUUGGGAACCUGCUGCUAGGGAUUGUUGGAGUAGAUGUUAAUCUUGCAUAUAUCUUGGAAGAUGUCACCUAUUACCAGGACUCAUUGGGUUCCUACACAUUUCUCAUUGAUAAUAAAGGGUACACCCUUAUGCACCCAUCCCUUACCAGGCCCUACCUGCUGUCUGAGCCACCGCUCCACACGGAUAUCAUUCAUUAUGAGAACAUUCCUAAAUUCGAGCUGGUGCGGCAGAACAUCCUCAGCAUUCCCCUGGGCAGCCAGAUCAUUACAGUCCCUGUGAACUCCUCACUGUCCUGGCAUGUAAACAAACUGAGAGAAGUUGGAAAAGAGGCCUACAACGUCAGCUAUGCCUGGAAAAUGGUUCAGGACACAUCCUUUAUUCUGUGCGUUGUGGUGAUACAACCAGAAAUACCCGUGAAGCAACUCAAGAAUCUCAACACUGUCCCCAGCAGCAAGCUCCUGUAUCACCGCCUGGAUCUGCUGGGCCAGCCAAACGCCUGUCUGCACUUCAAGCAGCUGGCAACUUUAGAAAGCCCUACAGUAAUGCUCUCUGCAGGCAGCUUCUCUUCUCCUUACGAGCAUCUCAGCCAGCCCGAGACGAAGCGGAUGGUGGAGCACUACACAGCAUACCUCAGUGACAACACGCGCCUGAUUGCUAAUCCUGGCCUUAAGUUCUCUGUCAGAAAUGAAGUAAUGGCUACCAGUCACGUCACAGAUGAAUGGAUGACACAAAUGGAAAUGAGUAGUUAUGAACAGUUGAACAGUUAUAUUGUGCGCCGUUACAUAGCAACCCCCAAUGGGGUGCUCCGAAUUUACCCCGGUUCCCUCAUGGACAAAGCAUUUGAUCCCACCAGGAGACAAUGGUACUUGCAUGCAGUGGCCAAUCCAGGACUAAUUACCUUUACUGGUCCUUAUUUAGAUGUAGGAGGGGCAGGCUAUGUCGUUACCAUCAGUCACACCAUUCACUCUUCCAGUGCACAGAUGUCUUCAGGGCACUCGGUGGCUGUGAUGGGCAUUGACUUCACCCUGAGGUACUUCUAUAAAGUUCUCAUGGACCUGCUGCCAGUUUGUAACCAAGAUGGAGGAAACAAAAUCAGGUGCUUUAUCAUGGAGGACAGAGGGUACCUGGUGGCACACCCAACCCUCAUCGAUCCCAAAGGACACGCGCCGGUAGAGCAACAGCAUAUCACACACAAGGAGCCCUUGGUAGCCAAUGACAUUCUUAACCACCCAAAUUUUGUCAAGAAAAACCUCUGCAACAGCUUCAGUGACAGAACAGUUCAGCGCUUCUAUAAAUUUAAUACCAGCCUAGUGGGAGAUCUGACAAACCUUGUGCAUGGCAGCCACUGCUCCAAGUACAGGCUGACAAGAAUACCAGGCACCAAUGCCUUUGUGGGCAUCGUCAAUGAGACCUGUGAUUCACUUGCUUUCUGCGCCUGCAGCAUGGUGGACAGGCUGUGUCUGAACUGCCACAGAAUGGAGCAGAAUGAAUGUGAAUGCCCUUGUGAGUGCCCUCUGGAGGUAAACGAAUGCACCGGCAACCUCACGAAUGCUGAGAGCAGGAAUCCCAGUUGUGAAGUUCACCAGGAGCCAAUGACUUUCACAGCAAUCGAUCCGAGCCUGCAGGAUGCACUCCCUCAGUGCAUUAACACUCAGUGCAAUCAGAGAACAGAGAGCGGGGAUUGCUUUGGUGUGUUGGACUGUGAGUGGUGUAUGGUGGACAGCGAUGGGAAGACCCACCUGGAUAAGUCUUACUGUGCCCCUCAGAAGGAAUGCUUCGGUGGCAUCGUGGGAGCCAAGAGCCCAUAUGUGGAUGACCUGGGAGCAAUAGGAGAUGAAGUAAUCACUCUGAACAUGAUAAAAAGCGCACCGGUCGGCCCAGUGGCAGGAGGCAUCAUGGGCUGCAUUAUGGUGCUCGUCCUAGCAGUGUAUGCGUAUCGUCACCAGAUACAUCGGAGGAGUCACCAGCACAUGUCACCUCUGGCAGCACAGGAGAUGUCAGUGCGUAUGUCGAACCUGGAGAACGACAGGGAUGAGAGAGACGACGACAGCCAUGAAGACAGAGGAAUCAUCAGUAACACCCGAUUCAUAGCAGCAGUAAUAGAGCGGCAUGCCCACAGCCCAGAACGCAGACGCCGAUACUGGGGUCGAUCAGGAACGGAGAGCGACCACGGCUACAGCACUAUGAGUCCUCAGGAGGACAGUGAAAAUCCGCCGUGCAAUAACGAUCCGCUGUCAGCUGGUGUUGAUGUUGGAAACCACGACGAGGACUUAGACCUGGACACGCCGCCUCAGACAGCGGCCCUGCUGAGCCACAAGUUUCACCACUACCGGUUGCACCACCCCACUCUACACCACAGCCACCAUCUACAGGCUGCAGUCACCGUACACACUGUGGAUGCAGAAUGCUAAUGAACAACACAGGCAGCAAACCUUGUGAACAGUGAUCCGUGCAGCAGUGGGCGCCUUUGUUUCUGUGCUUCUUACCAGGAUCAGUUUAACGAACUUCCUGAGUAAACUCUUAGGCACAAGAGCUUUACAUUCUCAUAAAUGUAAGGCUGGCUCAGAAAUGGAAGGGAAAUGUGCUUGAUGAAUGGACCUGCCAUAACAUUUAAUAAAAUGGAACAGGAGGCACGUUAGACCUCCAAAACCAGGGAUGCAAGUUUAUACAGCAGCCGAAGCUUUGGAAGCCCUGUUAUGCUGAGCCAAGAGAAGGGAGAGCUUAAAAGAGCCAGAGACGAUUUGGUUUCCUUAACUGGAAGAGCAGAAAACUGUGCAGCUGAAGACUAAAAAGGUGCCAGACGGAGCGGGGGGGUCCGUCGGGCUCCCUGCAGUUUUGUGCUCUUAGAAAGGUCAUUGCUCCCACAGUUGCUGUAUGGAACCUGGGACAGUGCAUCUCCAGAUUUUUAAGUAAAGGAUUAUUUUUCUACUAUUUAUUGAACUUGAAACUAUUGAACUUGGGGGGGGAGGGAGGGGAGAAACUGUUAGCAGUUUUCAACAGCUACCACAUAUAUUCUGUGAUGGUGAAGUAGUUCUUCUGAGGAAGACGUCUGUUUCCUAUUAGCUGAUAUUCAUCCACUGCCCUGCUCUGCAAAAGGGAAAAUGAAGAAGUCGUCUCCGACGUGUUUACAUUACGAAUGCUUUCUUUUCCACAAUUGUUUUCUGUUCAUUUUACAACCUGAUUUACAUGGCAGUAUUUUCUUCCUAUUUGCAGAGGAGAAAUCCUGCAUUUCCUUACGAAAAUUCUGCAAAUUCUGCCCAUAAAUCUCUCCAUCUUAAACUCUUUGAUCAUCCCAAAAGGUUUCCCGUAUGGCAGUAAUAAAGGAUUUAUUUAGCAUUGGUUACCAGAGAAUUCCAAGUGAGAUCUGUGCCAUUGUAGUGUUUCUUUAGGACUCCACCAAGAUGAGAAGUAGGGACAAAGCAGUGUUCUGCAAAACUUGGGUUACUGUGGAAGGGAUCUGUUUGAAAUCCUAAUUGUAAGCUGCUGCUGUUUGUCUGGAAUUUAACAUUGCUUGGUAAUUCAAACAGAGAUUAAUCAAUCUGACUGCAACACAGUGCAGCAUAACCAUAAAUUAGUUUUAAAUCACAGUGUUGUAUUUUAGAUUCACAUUUUGUGAUUACGGUGAUAUAAAAUCAUUCUUGCACUGUGCGUAUGAUAAACAUCCAUUUAUAUGUAGUUUCUUUUAAAUCACUUGUUUUAAUUAAUAUGGUACUUAAUACUGUAUUAUGUAAAAAAAAAAAAUUGGUUCUUAAACAGUACAGUAAAGUAACUAUAUGUGUGCUAUCAGGAUACCCCUUUAUACUGUGUAUAAAAUUGAAAUCUCUAGUGAAAUAAACUGUAUAUAAAGUAUA